AAUCCUUGUAAUUUCUCCGGUGCUCUUGUGCUUUGUUGAUUUGUAUGGUAUGUAUUGCGAAUGUUAUUUGUCGUUGCUCGAAAUCUGUUAUUGUUUCGUCGAUUUCGAAAUUUCAAUUUGAGGAAUAAUCUGGAUUCAAUCUUGUUAUUGGGCCUAAUUAUUAACCCCAAACGCAACUUACCUGGUUUCGAAGGAAAUUUGUUGUGAAUUUCGUAGUCGGCGGAUCGUAUCAAUGUCAUCGUUUCCGUUUUUAGAGCCAACGUUCUUGUUUUCAUUGGACGAUCAUUAAUGGCCUUUCCAUUAUUUUCUUGCGUUUCCCGAAGGUUUUCUGGGUUCCUUACAUUGAAGUGAAAAUCAAAGAAAGCUUUGGAUAUAGUUUUCUAACAUUCGUAGAUUUCAAUUUUUGUCGCUUUGGUCAGAAAGGAAAUCCGGAGAGGGAAGAUGAAUGUGGCGAAGUCUCAGGUGUGGCAGCCUUGCAAGAAGAAGAGGUUAUAGAGUACAGAAAGGAUAGAAAAAAAAUUAGAAAAGGGAAACGUUUAUUUUCUUGGAGAAGGGUGGAAAAGUAUGGACGGGAUUUGUAUUGGGAUUGCUUUUGGGCGAAAGAUUCAACGACGAGGGGAGAAAUUUUGAUCUGACAUAUACGAAUAGGUAUAUACAGGUACGAAGGUUUACUUUUACCAAUGGUUAUGGCGUCGAAAUCAACUGGUGGGGGAAGGGGAAGCGGGGAUGUCAGCGGUAGGACACGCGUGGGGAGGUAUGAAUUGGGUAGAACAUUGGGGGAAGGGACUUUCGCCAAGGUGAAGUUUGCUAAGAAUAUGGAUACUGGUGAGAAUGUGGCUAUAAAGAUUAUGGAUAAGGAGAAGGUUCUCAAGCACAAGAUGGUUGGCCAGAUUAAACGGGAGAUUUCGACCAUGAAAUUAAUAAGGCAUCCUAAUGUCAUUCGUUUGUAUGAGGUCAUGGCCAGCAAGACAAAGAUAUAUAUUGUUAUGGAAUUUGUCACUGGUGGAGAACUCUUCGACAAAAUUGCUACUAGAGGAAGGUUGAGAGAGGAUGAAGCUAGAAAAUAUUUUCAGCAGCUUAUCAAUGCUGUGGACUAUUGUCACAGCAGGGGUGUUUACCACAGGGACCUUAAGCCAGAGAAUUUGUUGCUUGAUGAGAAGGGACUUCUGAAGGUCUCAGAUUUUGGAUUGAGUGCUCUCCCUCAACAAGUUCGGGAGGAUGGAUUGCUACACACAACCUGCGGGACACCAAAUUAUGUUGCUCCUGAGAUCAUCAACAAUAAAGGUUAUGAUGGGGCAAAGGCGGACCUUUGGUCUUGUGGUGUCAUUCUUUUUGUACUCAUGGCUGGUUAUUUGCCCUUUGAAGAAUCAAAUAUUCAGGCAUUGUACAAAAAGAUAUUUAAGGCCGACUUUACAUGCCCCGCUUGGUUUUCUGCGAGUGCUAAGAAAUUAAUCAAAAGAAUUCUUGACCCCAAUCCAUCAACGCGUAUUACAAUUGCCGAGGUCAUUGAGAAUGAAUGGUUCAAGAAAGGAUACAAACCUCCUGUUUUUGCACAGGAGGAAGUUAAUCUAGAUGAUGUUAAUUCCAUAUUUAAUGAAUCACAGGAUUCUUCAAACUUAGUUGUGGAGAGGCGAGAGGAACGGCCGUCAGCUGCACCUGUUACCAUGAAUGCUUUUGAGCUUAUCUCUACGUCACGCGGUCUCAAUCUCAGCUCCCUCUUUGAAAAGCAAAUGGGGCUUGUGAAACGAGAAACAAGAUUUACAUCAAAAUGCCCUGCCAAUGAGAUCAUCUCAAAAAUUGAACAAGCUGCUGGACCCAUGGGUUUCGAUGUCAAGAAAAACAACUACAAGAUGAAACUUCAAGGCGAAAAAUCAGGGCGCAAGGGCCAUCUAUCGAUUACAACAGAAGUUUUUGAAGUGGCUCCUUCGCUGCACAUGGUCGAGCUUCGCAAGGCUACAGGAGAUACAUUAGAAUUCCACAAGUUUUACAAGAACCUGUCAACUGGGUUGAAAGACGUCGUCUGGAAAGCACCCGACGAAGAAAAUAAUCAAGAAAAUAAUGUGGCGGCAUCGUCUCUGAAGACGUGAUUUUGUAAACCCUUAUGGUUUUUUCAACAUGAGCAUGAGAAAGAAAAACAAAAUGAAUUACAAUGUGUUUCUUUUACUUUGACUUGUUUGCAAACUCAUUUAAUUCAGCUCCAACCAGAUCAAACUGUACACUUGUUUUUUUUUUUAUCAGAUAUUGCAACUGUGCUUUUCAUUUUCGAAGCGUGUUUUCAAAUACA